AUGAAUACAACGGUAUUGAAAGUCGAAGCAGAAGCGGAAGCAUGUUCGGUGUGCGGUGGAGGCGGAGAUUUAUUCACGCCCGAAGAACACGAUGCCGGCGCUCCGCCAAUGCAAGUGUCUUUACGGACUAUGCUAUUGCAAAUUAAUAAUUAUAAGGUUGUUCCCGAAGGGAGGUUUUGCAUUAGUUGCAUACGUCGCGCCAUUGAAGCGUAUGAGUUUAGUUCUGCCUUAGGAUCCAGAACAGCUCCUCCAUUAAGUGAGAAAAUCCGUACUUUGAGGAGAAGACUACAUGAUUUGACGCAGAAGGUAGAUGUUUUCAUUGUGGUCGGUGGACCAGGCGUGAACUCGGGGGGUGCAUAUAGUGAGGACGAUAUUAUAAUGGUAGAACGAGACGCCUUGGCUGCAGCUGCUGCUGCUGAUGAUGAGGAUCUUGAAAAAGCUAGAAAUGCCUGUGGGGACUCAGUAUAUCAAUGCUCAAUAUGUCCCAUGUCUUUCCAGCAUGCAGCAGAGUAUCGAUCACAUGUAGCAAGUCACCCAGGCGGUGGUCGUCACUCGUGCUGGACUUGUGGUGCACAGUUUGCACGACGAGAUGCUCUCCGAGACCAUUCAGCUGAACACUCAACUCCCGGACUCACUUGCCAACUCUGUCGGAGCAGAUUCCAAAGUGCCUCCGAGCUGCGUCGUCACGAGUCAGAUGAGUCUUGUCCGUCUCGUUGUCCGAUCCCAGGGUGUGGUGUGAGGUGUAUGUCGCGCAGCUCGUUGUCAUCACACGCCUCGGCUUCCCACGCUAGGGAGCCGCCACUGCUCUGCCCGCAAUGUUUCGUGCAAUGCUCAACUCGGGCUCAGAUGGCAUCCCACACGCUGUCUCACCGCUGUGCCGAGCGAUUCGUCUGCGGCUAUGAUGCUUGUAUAUUGCGCUUCGCUAAUAGAGGAGACUUGUUGUCUCACAUCCGCAAGCAGCAUGCAGGUUCCAUUCCUGACCCAACCUCUGAGCAACCACCAUCCACCACUUGUCACUGUGGACGCAUUUUCGGGUCAGUGGCGGCUCUAAAGCGUCACGCUCGUGUUCAUCGCCGGGACACGCAGCAGGAGGAGCCAGAAUGGACCAUCACUAUGGAGACUGGGGAGGGAGUAGAGGAGGGGGAGCUCGAUGGAGACGUGGAGUACCUCGAGCUGGAGACCCUCGACGAAUACGAAGAAAACUAG